AUUCAUACAUUUUGUGACAACGCACAAAAAUUCUACUGUUGCUAAAUGCUAAACACAUAAAACCGAACACCUUGCUGAACGGGUUUCACAGGUCAUAAAGACGAGUCUUCACUGUAAACAGCAAUCUCGCUGCGAUUCAAAUCAAGAAUGGCUGAAGAAAGUAAAACUUCUAUUCUGUUCGAUCGUUCUGUCCACGGGGAACAAGUUUGUUGUUUUCCCCAUAAAUACGAUUGUAUACAGAAGUAUUUACGCUUUGCUUAUCCCGGUCAAUGCUGAAACGAGCGCCGAUUCGAAUCCCUCAGUUCGCAACAGAACGUUGUCGGUUACAGAUAAGUGUGCGAUUGUCUAAUCUGGUUUUUAUUUCUGAUCGGUCGGAACAAUGUUCCUCUUUUCGUUGAUUGGAAUUUGUGUGGUUAUCUACUUUUUAUUACAGUUUCUAGUGUUUUAUUUCUUGGACUGUGAUCUGGAGCUAUAUAUUCUUUCCAAAGUGGGCAAACCCGUUGAGACCCUACGAGGAAAGGUAGUAUGGAUAACUGGAGCUUCCAGUGGAAUCGGUCGUGAUUUGGCAAUCAUUUUGGCCAAGCAUGGCGUCCGGCUUUGUCUAUCGUCUCGCAAACUGUCGGAACUGAUGAAAGUGAAGCAGGAGUGUUUGCAAGCUUCACGAGGGUACCUUCACAGUAACGACAUUUUCGUGAUGUCGAUGGACAUGCUCGAGAUCGACAACCACCAGAAGUACUUCGAUCAGGUCAUCGAUCACUUCAAAACGCUGGACAUCCUGGUGAACAAUGCUGGACGGUCCCAACGUGCCGAAUGGAACACCAUUCAGCUGAAGGUCGAUCGGGAGCUAUUCGAGCUGGAUGUGUUUGCCGUUGUCAACCUAUCCCGGAUGGCGUUGAAUUACUUCCUGGGGAGUGGCGUGCAAGGUCACAUUGCCGUGACUAGUAGUAUCACCGGGCUGGUCGGGUUCCCUAACUCGGCAACCUACACGGCGGCGAAGCAUGCGUUACACGGUUACUUUGAAACGCUCCAGAACGAGGCAUUUCCCAUCGAUGCAACAAUUUUCUGCCCCGGACCAACAGCGACCAAUUUUCUUCAAGAAUGUUUCACCAACGCACCGGGAGAGAAAUUCAACAAACCUGUCAAUGCCGAUGAUCGACGCCUCUCUAGUGAACGAUGUGCCGAGCUGUAUGCCAUCGCGUUGGCCAAUAAAACACCCCUAAGCUGGGCCGGAACUCGUCCGAUGAAUUUCAUUUUCUACAUCGGCUGCUACUACCCGAAUUUGAGGCGAUUAUUGAUCAACACUCUGGGGAUUGCCAACAUCGAUCGGCUGAGAAAUGGUCGUCCACUUGGUAGCAAUUAAUAUUUUACAUAUAAUAAUCCUGAAUAAAUUCAAUUCGUUUCUACAAUUA